AUGGCUCAUAAGCAAGAACUUCUUGAUGAAGCCUCCAUUGUGAAAUUUAAGGACCAGGACUUUAAAUACUUACGAGAUCGUUGCUUGAGCAGAGGCCAACUGUUUGAAGAUGAGACAUUCCCUGCUGUGGCUUCCUCUGUAGGCCACCAGCUGCUUCAGGAGAAAGGCCUUCACAGCCUACAGUGGAAGCGUCCAUGGGAGAUGAGCUCAUCAAGGGCUCCCCCUUACUUUAUCGUGGAAGGCGCAAGCAGAUUUGACAUCCAACAAGGAGAAGCAGGAGACUGCUGGUUCCUAGCAGCACUCGGUUCCCUGACACAGAACCCACAGUGUUUGAAGAAGAUCCUGCCAGUGGACCAGAGCUUUUCCCACCAGUACGCAGGGAUCUUCCACUUCCGGUUCUGGCAGUGUGGACAAUGGGUGGACGUGGUGGUAGAUGACCGCCUGCCUGUCCUGAACCACCAGUACCUCUUCGUACAUCCUCGCAGAGACACCCGCGAGUUCUGGCCCUGCCUGCUGGAGAAAGCCUAUGCCAAGUUACAUGGCUCCUAUUUCCACCUGCAUGGCGGCCACAUCCCUGACUCCUUGGUUGACCUCACAGGAGGGGUGGUGACCAGCGCUGACCUGUCUGACCCAUCUGACCUGGUGCUGGUGGUGAAGAUGGCAGCCCAGGCCGGCUCCCUAAUGGUCUGCGCCACUCCCGCAGGGCCAACAGACAGGGAUGGCGUGAUGAGAAAUGGUCUGGUGAGCUCCCAUGCCUACACUGUGACAGGCGCUGAGCAGAUUCAGUACAGGAGAGGCUGGGAAGAAAUCAUCCGCCUGUGGAACCCCUGGGGCAAAACCGAAUGGAGAGGACGCUGGAGUGAUGGGUCACAGGAAUGGCAGGAAACCCAUGACCGCCGGAAAGGCCAGCUCUAUGAGAAAAAGGAAGAUGGAGAGUUUUGGAUUUCAUGUCAGGAUUUCCAAGAUAACUUCUCCUGCCUGUAUAUAUGUAACCAGAUUCCAAUCAACCUGGACCAUGGAAACACGCUCCAUGAAAGAUGGUCUGAAGUGAUGUUUAAGAACCAAGAGCUCCUAGGAAAUCCUCCAGAGGGACUUCUGAGGGACCCUCAGUACUUCUUCUCUGUGCAAGAACCCAUGGAAGGCAACAAUGUCCUUGUGUCCUUCACCAUCAUGCCACAAAAUCUGCUGCCAACAGACAAGAAAAUUCCACUGAACUUCAAAGUGUUCAAGGUUGACUCCCAGUUCCAGCACUUCCGGGAGAAAUUGCCGCCCACGUUUUUUUCCCACUUCAGAAAUGCAGUCCAAGGCGCACUUUUAAAAGCCAAGAGCAACUUCACACAGGGCUUCCAUCUGGGCCCUGGGACCUAUGUCGUAGUGCCCUCCACCAGCAGGAAAGAAGUUCAGUUCCUGCUCCGUAUCUUCCUGAAAUUGCCAGGCACUGACAGGACCAUGAAGAGCAGUUUCAACGUCACAGGCCUGAAGGCCAGUCUUCCAGAAAGUGGCUUCGAACAAAGCAUUUUCCAGCAAUACACUCAGCAGGGGCUGGACAUUGAUGCCGCUCAGCUUCAGAAUCUGCUCAACCAGGAACUCCUGAAAGGAGCUUCAGAGAACACAUUCUCCUUGGAUGAGUGCCGGAGCCUCGUGGCUCUGAUGGAUCUGGAAGUGAAUGGACGACUUGGCCAAAAGGAAUUUCAAAGGCUGUGGGGGCGCCUCAUUGACUGCCAGUAUGCUUUCCGGAACUCUCAGAAGGCGUCUGGGGUGCUCCUGACCUCCGAUCUGUGGAAGGCCAUAAAGAACACAGCCUUCCUUGCAGGGAUCUCCGUCAGCAGAGAGCUGCUGGGCCUCCUGAGCCUCCGGUACAGCGACCCUGUGGGCAGGGUGAGCUUCCCCAGCCUGGCCUGCCUCCUGAUAAGACUGGAAGCCAUGGCAAAGGCUUUCCGUAACCUCUCCAAAGACGGGGAAGGAUUCUACCUGACAGAAACAGAGUGGAUGAACCUUGUCAUGUACAGCUGA